UUGAUUAUUAACUGAGAUAAUUUUUCAGAAAUUAUGAAGAACUGAUUAUUGUUUGAGAUUUUUGUAAAUAAUUUUUGUUCGGAAUUGAAUUAGUUUUAGUUGUAUUCAGUUUACUGUUGAAUGUGAUUCCAAUUUGACUUAAAAGUGAAGUAGGAAUGAAAUAUAGAUACUCUUUUAUGUGAUUUCCUUUCUUUUUGAACUUUCAAUUGUAAACUUUUGACCUUUUUAAUGAUCUACUUUUGGGAAAAAAUUGGAUUGAUGAAUGAGUGAGUUGGGAUUGGAUUGGAUUGGACUAUGUGUGUAAAGAAUUUUUGAUUAGGCUGUUGCUAAAAUAGAUGUGAUGAGAUUGAGAUGUGUGCAUGUAGAUUGAACUAAGGUUCUUGAGCUUAUUAUCUGAGGUUGGAUUUAUUUGGUUUUGAGGAUAAUUGGAAAAAUCAAAAUGCCGGAAGGAAUAACAGCGGAGAAUCUAUUGAACAACAUAAUGGAUACGUUUGCUGAUAGAGAUAGUGUACCAAAGCAUAAAACAGUAUCAUUCUUUGAGGAAGAAAAAACAAAUUCAGUAUCAUGUCAAUUGAAUAGACUCUUUGGACGUGAGAAGCCAGUACAUCACCUUCUCGGUGGUGGAAAAUCUGCCGAUGUGUUGUUAUGGAGGAACAAGAAGAUCUCGGCAAGUGUCAUAUCUGGGGCUACGUUCAUUUGGGUGCUCUUUGAAUGGCUUGAGUAUAACUUUUUGUCACUUAUCUUCCUUGGUUUAGCUCUUGGCAUGCUUGCUCAAUUUCUAUGGUCAAAUGCUUCAGGGUUGCUCAACAGGUCCCCGUCCAGACCGCCUCGUCUUGUUCUGCCUAAGGAGGUAUUUGUCAACAUAGCCAUGACAGUCGGUGCUGAAGUUAACCGAUUCUUAGGGUUUCUUCAGGAUGUUGCAACCGGAGGAAACUUGAAGCAGUUUCUUGCGAUUGUAAUGAGCUUGUGGGUUGCUGCUAUCAUAGGAAGCUGGGUUAAUUUUCUGACAGUCCUGUAUAUUGGAUUCAUUGCUGCCCAUACUCUUCCGGUGCUUUAUGAGAGGUAUGAUGACCAAGUGGACAAUUUCGUUUAUAAUUUUCUCGGACAGCUUCAACACCACUACUUUAAAGUUGAUGCUAGUGUACGUAGCAAAAUGUCAAACAGAAAGCUAGGCAGAAGGAAAAGUGAAUAAACUUGGGCAAUGUAUUCAUCCAUCAGCUAGUUUCCCUUGGCAUCUCAUUGUAGUUUGUUCUGUAAACCCUAUUACUGAUAAUGGUGACUUAUCUCUGUAUAUGUAGUGAACUUCAUUGCAGAUUCCCUCAAUUAAAAUAACUUCUGAUUAAGUUAUCAAGGCAAACAUAUUUUAUGAAGGUUGUGAAAUGAACUGGGAAGGUUUGUUUUCCCUAUAAAUGCAGUUGUACAGCAGCUAAACAAUCUCAGAUAGGGUGUCCGCAUUUUUUUUAUAAUAUAAAUGAGUUAUAAAUCAGCA